CAGCCACGACUCUAAAUAAUAAUUUGGAAAUCCCAUCGUGAUUUUAUGGACAUUUUGUUACUUAAAGUAACAUUUUUCUAUCGGAAUUUCCCUUUGGUAUUUCGCAGUUAUACGGAGAUUGGAAUUUGCGACGCAAGGACGUUGGAAUGGGAUGUGGUGGGACAAAGCCAGCACCUUCUCAACAGAAUGCACCACGGGACCGAGGGAGAAUGGUCGAAGGAGGAAGCGUCGAUGUUGGAAUGGUUAUACCAGAAAAAGGAGCCGUUCAAAUGAAACCUGUUGAAAUCACAGUUGAAACUCUUCAAAAGUACUUGGAUCUUGAAAAAGAAAUCCAGUUAUUUGAAAAACGCCAUGUUUUGGAUAACUAUCAACUCAAGUCUGACCAGCUGGAACAACUUGAGAAAAAUUUCCAAGCUCUGCAAGACAGCAGGAACCUCCAAGCUCAAAAUUUACAUCAGCUGCAAGCGGCCAUAGAUAGAACAAAUGGAACACAAUCUCUCAAGCAGUUUCUAUUCGAAAAGAGCCAGAAAGGUGAGCCUUUAAACGAAGAUGAAGAGGAGUAUGUGGAUCUUUUAAAUCGACAGGAAGUCAUCGAACGCCAGCUGGAGAGCACAAUUAAGCAAAGAGAUCUGCUAAAAGAAGAAAUUCAAGCUCUGACAAUAGAUGGAGAGCUGCUUCAAAAGCUUUACGCUCAACGAGAUGAACUUUUAGACAGCAUUUUCGGUGGAGCGUAUGGAAGUGAGAGAGAAAACAGGCUCGAAAAGGAAUACGAUUUCCUUCAAGAAAGGAAAAACCAUAUUGAUCAGGCUCAUUUUAAAUGGAAGCAAGCUCAAAUCAUGGUCAAACAGGCCUGUGCUCAACUCGGUCUUGCUGUUCAGAAAUGGAAGGAACUGUUAGAGAUACCGGAGAAUGAUAUGGAACAGAGAUACUACCUUGCAGCAGAAACAAGAAAUAACCUUGUAGCAGCUAGCCAAAAUCUCCAAGGGGCUCAUGGAUUUCUACCUAAUAUCACUUUCCCAUACUGCGCAGAAGAUGAAGUGGAUACACUUAAUAAGGCCGUAACGUUUAUUUUCACGGACAUGCAGACACCAGAGCGCUACGAGCACGCCCUCAACUGUUACCAUACUACUUACCGACGUUCUGGAGCUCUUAGGCAAUGGUUUGACCAGGUUCUGAACACAACCAUUUCUAAAGACUUGGCAGAAAUAACGGAAGAAAGCAAAGCGAAGGCUCAAGAGUUACGGCAAGAAAGAAUUCAUCUCAUCAAACAGAAAGUUAAAGAAAUAACCGGGAAAGAUGUGGAUUUUGAUGCAAGGUCAUUGGACACAGAAGCAGAAGAUUUGGCGGCAGAUGAACAGGUUGCUAAACUUUUUGAAGCAGAAAGGCUUGAAGGAAAGAGUCAAAAUUUCUUAACAGCCAAUUCAACUUUGCCUCCUGCGCCUACACCUGUACCUGUGUCUGAUCUAGCACCAAUGCCAACAAAUGAGGAAAUAUUUGGUAAAAUUGAUGAGUUGCGAAAGAAGCAUGCAGUCGAGAUGGCCGAUUUCGAGAAAGCUCAAACCAUUAAUAAAGCUCGAACCACUCAAGGGCUGCAGGAAAAGCUGCAAGCCAGAAGAAGUCGACGAAGUCGAAUGCAGAACCAUGAGAGAGAAAUUGAAGCACUGCAAUCCGCCUAAAAAACUUGCCUAUUAAAGUAUUUAUU